CCCAAACUGCCCCCCACUACGCUUCAUCCCCACCUCCCCUAAACACUCCCCCACGGCACCCCAACCUAGACCUAAACAUAACGACACACACUCCCCCACACACACCCCGACCCCUGCACCUUUCCCUAACCUCACCACCAAUCCCCUCACUGCACCUUUCCCUAGCCUCACCACCAAUCCCCUCACUGUUCCCUAGCCUCACCACCAAUCCCCUCACUGUAACUCUCCCUAGCCUCACCACCAAUCCCCUCACUGUAACUCUCCCUAGCCUCACCACCAAUCCCCUCACUGUACCUUUCCCUAGCCUCACCACCAAUCCCCUCACUGCACCUUUCCCUAGCCUCACCACCAAUCCCCUCACUGUAACUCUCCCUAGCCUCACCACCAAUCCCCUCACUGCACCUUUCCCUAGCCUCACCACCAAUCCCCUCACUGUACCCUCCCCCAGACCCCGUCCUGAGUCUCUGGCUAUCUGCCCACCAGCCAGACACCCCCAGCAGGUGGGGGGGGGAGUGAGAAAGCCCUCCCCUGUUUCCCCCUCUUCCACCUCUUCCUCAGUUGAACGAUAUGACCAGUCUUCCUAUUUUGAUCAAGGCGUGCCCCCCCUCCCCCCUAAAGCCUACUUGGUGGGGGCGGACCCUAAAGAGCCUCACAGCCUUGCUCCAAUCCCACGUCGACCUCCUGUCUUGCCCCCCAGAACCACACCAACACACAGGGAUGCUCCAGUCGAUGAGCCGCACACGGACCAAACUCCAAACCCCCCGCCUCGGACCAGGGUACCCAACACACAAGUCGACACGCAGCCUGCUCUGCCCAUGAGAAGAGUCCCCCAGCCACCGCCUGAAAUCAGGUCAGAUUCUGGUGACAGUUCAGAUGACUAUCAGGAACCAGACCAAGUCUACCCCAAGCCCCAGCGUGUGAACAUGGCAGACAGGGAUGUGUUCCUGCCAGUGCCGGGGUCGGGGAAGGGGCGGUACAGCUCUCUCUGCAGUGACGAUGAACUAUUGGACGAUGACAACGAGCCAAUCAGCAUCCGAAAUAGCUCGUGGCAGGACUAUGGUCUGAGUACGCUCCAGGAGAGUGUCUACCUGCCGGUCACAGGCAGGGUCCUAGCCCCGCCCCCUAGAGAUGGCCCCUCCCCAGAACCCUGCCCUGUUCUAAAGAUGGGCUGGCUGGAUAAGAACCCACCCCAGGGGUCCCUGUACUAUCAGAGGAGAUGGGUGAAGCUGGAUGUUGACUACCUGAGAUACUUUGACAACGACAAGGAAGUGUACUCUAAGAGGAUCAUACCAACAGCUGCCAUUACGGGAGUGACCAACGUGGGGGAGCAGAAGUUUGAGGUGGUCACAACCAACCGGACCUUUCUCUUCAGAGCCGAGAGCGACUCUGAGAGGAAUGAGUGGGUGUCAGUUCUGCAGAACUUCACUAAGGGGCGCCAGGAGGGCAGCAGGGAGAUUACUGCAUCGGUCCCACCCUCCUUACUGACCCCUGGUUCACCCCUGACCCCUGAACAGCAGGGCUACCUGGAGCUGAGGGGCCUGCGCUCCAAACUCUACACGGUCGUCUCCGGAGACAAGGUCUUCCUCUACAAGAACGUGGAGGACUACCGCCUUGGCAUUGGCAUCACGUCUAUUGACAUGAACGUAGGAAACGUGAAAGACACUGACCGCCGCAGCUUUGAUCUGACCACACCCUACCGCAUCUUCAGUUUUCUAGCGGAUUCGGAACAACAUAAGGAGCAGUGGGUAGAAGCGAUGCGUGACGCGAUUGGAGAGGCUCUGUCCAAUAGCGAGGUGGCUAAUCAAAUCUGGGCGGAGCCUAGCAACGGUUGCUGUGCCGACUGUGGCGCCGCCAAACCUGAGUGGGCUGCCAUCAACCUGUGUGUGGUGGUCUGCAAACGCUGUGCAGGAGAGCACCGGGGUCUGGGUCCCAGCAUCUCUAAGGUACGCAGUCUGAAGAUGGACAGGAAGGUGUGGACAGAGGAGCUUAUACAGGUGUUCCUUUUGCUAGGUAAUGAGCGUCUGAAUGGGUUCUGGGCGGCGAACGUCCCUCCCAGCGAAGCGCUGAGUCCGACCAGCUGCAGCGAAGACCGCCGACUAUUCAUCAGCUCCAAAUACAGACAGGGCAAAUACCGCAAAUACCACCCCCUCUACGGCAACCAGAGAGAGCUCAACAACGCCCUGUGUAUAAACGUGCAGUGCAGUGAUGUCCUGGAGACGUUGUGUCUGGUCUUCUGUGGAGCUGAUGUGAACUGUUCUACAGGGCAGGCUGACUGUCCCUCUCCCCUCUCCCUGGCACACGCACACAACCAGAAACUACAGGCCGAGUUCCUCUCACACAACCUCAACACAGAGCUGCCACGGUCGGAGGUGGCUGGGCUUAUGGAGCCUCAACACUAUUCACCACAGCACUCCGUCACUCACAAUGGCUUCCUUUUCAAGACCGCCUCCAUGGCCCGGCCUAUCACGGAGCGCAAGGCCAAGGAGGAGUUCAGUCGUCGCUGGUGCACGUUGAAUGAUGGGAACUUUAGUUACUACGAGAGUGACAAGACCUCUACACCCAACGGAGUCCUGAAGUCUACAGAGAUAGUCUGUCUGGCUGUCAACACACCAGAGAGACACGGCUAUGACCAUACGUUUGAGCUGUACUCAGACUCUGAGCGUCUCUAUCUGUUUGGCACUGAUGACCCAGUCAGCCACAAGGAGUGGGUUAAAUCCAUCACCAAGACAUUUAUUCUGCCCAAUGCAGAGGGCCUGUUGAGGCUGGGUUUUGAUAGGAUUGGCCGGCUGCGGUAUAAAGACGGGCUGAAUCUACAGAGCCCUCGGGUUGGCUGGUUCGCUCUGGUCGGCUCCUCCCUCCAUGCCUACCUAGAGGACAGUGUGGAAGAGGAGGAGAUACACCUACGCAAACUACAGGAGCUCUCGAUCCAGCAGGAGAAUGAGGUGCUGGUUCUGGUGGAGAGAGGCAGGACUCUGUACAUCGAGGGGGAGAGGAAGCUUGACUUCCAGGGUUGGUGUGUGUCCAUCCAGAGAGCAGCAGGCAGUGCAGGAGACUCGCUUAGUCAGCAGCAACUAACUGAGACUGACAUCCCUGUUAUAGUGGACCGCUGCAUUGACUACAUCACACAGUGCGGUCUGACGUCUGAGGGUAUCUACCGUAAGAGCGGUGUGAACAGUCGCGUGGCGGCACUGUGCGAGGCGUUUCGGCGUGAUGCUCGUAGCGUGCGUCUGAAGGAGGGGGAGCACCAGGUGGACGACGUGUCUAACACACUGAAACGCUUCUUCAGAGAGUCUGGAGAGGGACUGUUCCCCAUACAGGCCGCUAGCGCAUGGCUCAGUACACCUGUGGUCCCUGAUGAGAGCAUGAAGAUUUCUCAGUACCAGCUGCUGCUGAGCCGCCUGCCCAGAGUCAACAAGGCCACGCUACGAGCCCUGGUCAACCACCUCUACUGUGUGCAGCGGUUUGCAGAGCUGAACCAGAUGAAUCUCCAUAACCUGGCGAUAGUGUUUGGCCCCACACUGUUCCAGACCGACGGGAAAGACUACACAGCCGGCCGCGUCGUAGAGGAACUCAUAGAGCACUACACAGAUAUCUUUGAGGUGGAUGAACAGCAGCUGAAAAGGCAGCUAGAUGAGAUCACGGCCAUCAUUAAAGUCCGAGAGAAGUUGAACCUCAACUCCAGCGUCCCUGCGUCGGGGUCAGCAGGUGACUUCAUCUGUACAGUGUACCUGGAGGAGAAGAAGGAGACAGCAGAGCAGCAUGUCAAGAUCCCUGGUUCUAUGACGGCUGCAGAGCUGACCUGUGAGAUUCUGGACCGGCGGAAGAUCCAGGUCCGAGAGAAAGACUACUGGAGCUGCUGGGAGGUCAGCCAGAAGGAGGAGACUGAGCGUCCGUUACAUCAUCUCGAGCGUGUGUUACCCAUCCUGCACUCUCUGGGUACCGACUCCCACCUGCUGGUCAAAAAACACCUCGCCAUGGAGGCCAUACUCGUCUACCUGGCCAGUAAAGUGGAUGUGUCCAAGCACGGGAUGGUGAAGUUCCGGGAGGAGAGGAGCAUUCUGGGAUUGGGACUGAAUACCGGCAGUUUCCACGACCGCUACUUCAUCCUCAGCACUGUCUCCCUCAGGAUGUAUAAGGAAGUUCGGAGUAAUCGUCCAGAGAGGGAAUGGCAGGUGAAGAAUCUGAGGAUCUAUCUAGGCAUCAAGAAGAAACUACGACCACCCACCUGUUGGGGUCUGACUGUGAUCUAUGAAAGUGAAAAACAGGAGAAGCCAGAGAGGCAGCAAUGGUAUCUGUGUUGUGACACUCAGACAGAGAUGAGGGAGUGGUUCUCUACGUUUCUCACUAUCCAGUAUGACGGUAACGUGUGGCCAGCGGAUGCAGUACAAACACGUGUGACCCGUGUGUUGCCGGUGGAUACGCGUCAUGGUAACGUGGCGUUGAUUCCGUUGCGUGGCAGUGAGAAUGAGAUGCGGAACAGCGUUGCAGCUUUCAACACUGACCCGCUUGGCCUCUUUAGAGAUGUCUGAAAAUGGGACCAGACAAGGGGAGAGACCACCAGCUAUAGAACCCACAAACUCUUCAGAACAUUCCAGUAACGACAACUCUCUGACCUGAAUUACCCCCCCCCCACCACACACACACACACACACACCUGUGCCUAUGAGUUGGACCUCUAAGUAGGGGCAGCAGGUCUGUCAUGAGGAGAGAGAGACUCUGUUACCACAGUGCCUUUUAGGACUGCAGUGCACCCUGGGAUACAUGGAGGACCUGGAUGGAGGACCUGGAAGACGCUCCUUGUAUAGCCUGAGAGGCUGAGAACACAGAGUACAGACUGUUACUGUAGGAAGCCUGACAGAGUACAGACUGUUUGUCUCUGAGAGGCCUGGAGAACCUCUGACAGUUUGGAGAUAAUCGGAUGAUCUUCACUGACAAUCCAGACAUCACUGUCCCCAUAUGGCCCACAUUAACCCUCUCCCCCCCUCUCCCCUCCUCUAACCAUCUCUCUCGCUCCCUGUUUUGAACUCUCCCCCACCUCUACCCUCAUCUCGUCAGACUCACCCGUCUCCCAUUCUCUCUUAAAGACUCCCCCAUCUAUAAAGUGUUCACCCCAUCUCUCCCCACAGUGUUCUCCUGCCAUUUUAGACUGUGUCAUUAUUUAUUUCACCAGCAGAGGGAGCAGCAUAGGAACUUUAAUGGGGGACUCUCCAUUUAGAAAUAGUAUCAUUUAUGGCAAAAGGUUGAAAUGUCGUGAUGUUUCAGACAACCAAGACCAUCAUUAGACAUUAAGUCGGUUCCUCUAGACUAGAGGGAGCCGUAGGGACGUGUGUCCAAGUUCACCUAUUGUAGUGACAUCAUUACUCCCAACACUUUACCUGUACACACACACGCACACACCCACCCACUGACCCUCAUAUCUGUUUUAGUGUGCUGUCCUUCAGCCCAAGGAAAUAACUGAUCACUCUGUUUACUGUUUGAUUAAAGACCGUCUGGUACACUGUUCACUUUAAUAAAGACAUUUCAGCCACAGCUGUGUGUACCAAAUAGAUUCCUAACUCAGUGAUGACAUGUUGUGCAGUAAGUCAGGAAAGCAUUAAACACAUACAUUGUUUGACUGUAGUCUGGUUAAACCGGCCUGAUCUCGUGAGCUCACAUUCUGUUUCAAUUCAGUAAAAAAAUAAAUGUGAGCACAGCGGUAAGUUUGGUUUCACAAGGCUAGUGUGACUGACUGUAGCCUACUGGUCAGAACGGAUCUACUGUUCUGGGGAUGCAACUAAAAGCGCUGUAUUCUCAUCAAUGUCAUAACAAACUCUCAAUCAUCUUAUUAAAUGUAACGUUUCAGUUUUAA